UUGUGGGUACACGCUUCCUGGGAGACUCUUGACAGAUAGUCAGCUGUUGUAGGAAAGUUUUGACAUAGUUUUAAAACGUCCUGUAAGUACAGUGUUUAUUAGAUGUCGUACCUCGUUGGAACCACAUUUCCUGCAUGCGCGUUAUAUCUAGCUACGUCAACGACUAACGUUACCAUCCUGUAAAUCCAUCCGGGUAAUAACUAUAUAUUUAUACAAAAAGUAACUGGUAACUUUGAGGGGGACAAAACUAUAGGAAUGAGUUUAAACGAGCACUCCAUGCAGGCUCUGUCAUGGAGAAAACUGUACUUGAGUCGAGCCAAGUUAAAAGCCACGAGUCGCACUUCAGCUCUGUUGUCGGGAUUCGCGAUGGUUGCCAUGGUGGAAGUACAGCUGGAGCGGGAUUACAAGUAUCCUCCAGGGCUGCUGAUAGCCUUCAGUGCCUGUACCACAGUCCUGGUUGCGGUACACCUCUUUGCCCUCAUGGUCAGCACCUGCAUCCUCCCUAAUCUUGAGGCUGUCAGCAAUGUUCACAACCUCAACUCUGUCAACGAGUCUCCCCAUGAGCGUAUGCACCGCCACAUAGAACUGGCCUGGGCUUUCUCCACAGUCAUCGGCACCCUCCUCUUCCUGACCGAGGUGAUGCUCCUGUGCUGGGUGAAGUUCUUACCCCUCAGAAGCGCCACCGCAGAAAACAACGGUACCAUAAGUUCCGGUGAGGCCGCAGCCAUCGCUUCCACCUGCAUCAUGGUUCCGUUCGGACUCGUUUUUAUCGUGUUUGCCGUCCACUUCUACCGCACACUCGUCAGUCACAAAACGGACCGACAGAAACGAGAGCUGGAGCAGGUCAUUCGGCUCCAGAACCAGCUGGACCACAGGGCUGAGAAUGACGACCUGAAGGCCGGUGUCCAUUACCCUUGAUUAUAGCCAGUUAGCAUACAACAGCAGUGGCCAUUCAACGGUGCUUCAAUUCUGAAAUCUUUUGUAAAAGCUUUAUUUAAUAUGUUUAUGAACUGUGCUCAGAUGCUUUUUUUUUUUUUUUCUUAAUUGCAAGCUUCAUCUGGCGAGGGAUGCCGGUUUUGACACAGUCCACUUUUGGAUAAUGCAUGUGCAUAAGCUUCUACACAUUAUAUAUUAGAAAAAAAUAGUUUUACCUUUUAAGUUGAAGGUAAAUAUUUUGCUCUGAGGCACUAAGAUUUCAGUGGCUUUUAUAUUAUUGACAUAUCAUAUAUUGUGAUGUUGCAUAGUUUAGGGAUAAAGCCACUUAAGGUCUUCACACAUGUAUUGUUUAUUGUCUCAACAUAUAGGUGCACUUUCUUGUUUGAAAAUGACUCAAGAAGGCCAAAAUGUUUUUUCAUGCUUUAAAUCAGACUUUGUAGGGAGCAUUACCAAGCCUUUAACAUCAUUACAGAUGUUUAUAUGCAAGGUGUGAAUUGUCUGUCUGAAGUAUCACUGUCUGCAUGCCUUAAAACCAAAAUUAUGGAUUGCAUCCUUUUAAAAGGCUUUGGUGCUUGGUUUGAUACACGCACAUCCAAACUGCAAUGAAUGGUGGCUUGUAGGAGCUUAUAAUUUCAGUUACCAAUUGUUUUAAGUUGUGUAAAAUGUUUGCUGCUGUCCUUAGAUUUUCAGUUUUCUGAACAAUUUACAUUUUGCCUGUUUGCAUUAUCCUAUUUUUUGAGGAGCUCCAAAUAUAAUGGAGCAUAGGAAAAUUAAGAUUUGUUUAGAUCAUAAACAAAACAACCAGAAUAUUUCAAUGUUAACAACAGUAUUCAUGGAGAGCCUGAGGCAAAAGAAAUAAAUGCUAGUCAGGGAGUGCUUUGAACCAAAGUGUGUAUUGCAGUGCAUAUAUUUGUUAUUGUAAGGGAGAAUCAAAAUGAGGUAUUAGAGUCAGCUUUUUGGAGCUUGCUCAAUGUCACAUUGCUGUUGAAUGUAUUAUUACAAAGCAUGCGCAUAUUGGAAAUGUGGCGUUUGGGUUUGUAUGUUUUGCACAAGCUUGUUCACACAUUGUUAGGUUGUGGAAUUAUGGGACUUGUUUGUUUGGCCUAUAGCCCAUUGUUGAAUAGUUUUUCUUGGGUGUGAUCAUUUUCUUUAGUUUUGUCUUCACUGUAACAUUGGUACAACAACUCGGUCUGAGCUCAAAUUAGGGAACGUGCAGAGUUAUUUUCUGGUUUCAUGACAAAAUGUUCAUAUCAGUAUACCAUAUCCCAUAAAAGUCUUCUAAAUAUGGUUAAUUAAUCACAGCAUGAUAUUUGAAAGAUCUGAGAAUAUCUACAUUUUAUGAAUGGUGAUGACACAAAUUUGCAUUUUUAUGAUUUGAUUUUGAAUUAUAUAGCUGAAUACUGUAACAUAUUGUAUUUAUAUCAAGGUAAUGCUGUGGUCACUAUUGCAAUAUCAGCGUUGUCUGCAUUAUAGGACACAAGCUCCCAAUAUUUCCAUUCAAAUUGUCCAGAUGAGAUGAUAAUAUGUCUGAGACACAAGGAGCCAGAAGACUGUAGUAAAAUGGUCAUUAUGCUUCUCCAAAGAACUGUUGAGGGUGUUUGUUUAAGUGUGUUUUUACAAGGAAUGAAAUAAAGACAGGUUUAUUCAGGGGCCUUCACACACACUCUGGGACACUUGCCACUUGUGCCUUCUUUAGAAACAGAUUAAUGCAAACAAAGGCAUGUCUCUUCGGUUCUUUAUUUAUUUAACCCAGUGUUUGUUACUGUACAUAGAGACAAUCCACUGCUUGUGUCAAUGCAGAGUUUUAAAGUGAAUGUUCAGUAAAUACGAUAUUGUAAGUUUUGCUUGUGUGUGGUUUUAGCAGCUCUUGAAGCUGCAGCUUUUUAACCUGUUGAGUCACCAGGACUAAUUAUUUUUUGUUUUUUGUUGUUGAGAAUAAAACACAUCUAAGAUGA